CCGCGCUGCGGCAGGAGAUCCGAGCCGACUCCUCUGGAGGGACUGCGGAUCCACUCGGGUCGGACGCUCGCUCGCUCGCUCUUUUUGCUCAGGGUCAGUGACAAACCAAAACAAAUCCCAAAGCGCUGCGCUCAUGUUGGGGAGGAAAACAAAGAUUUGAGGACUCCGGAUCCCCGAGGGCAUCGUGAGAUCUGUUUUGAAAGGAGCGGGUUUUAAAACUCUUCAGGCUGUUUCCUGGAACGGAGUGGCUUUGAUUGAUUGGUCCCCUCGCUUAUUCGCUGUCAACCUUUUUCUAGAACAUUUUUUAAAAUGGGGAAAAGGAAGAAAGAGUCAAAAAAGAAAUCCAUUAACCUGGGCAGUGAAGCUGAUAAGUGGAUGUCUGAUUUACCCGAAAGUCUUUGGGCUGUACCUCUCUCUAAUCUGUCAUUACCAGGUAGUCAUGAUGCAAUGACAUAUUGUCUGGAUAAGAAGUCAGAAGUCAGCGCAAAUGGAUCCAAAUUGUUGCAGUUACUUGAUAAACAUAUGCAUUGGAUAGUGCACCCUAUUAUUUUGAGAUGGUCAAUAACACAGGAUCUGACUGUGUUGGAACAAUUGGAUGCUGGAAUUAGGUAUUUCGAUUUUAGAAUAGCUCACAAACCUGAUGACCCUUCCAUGAAAUUAUACUUCGUUCAUAUGUUAUAUACAACAGUGGAAGUAGAGGUUGUUCUAUGGGACAUUUUACGAUGGUUGAAAGACCAUCCUUGGGAGGUGGUUGUUCUAGCUUUCAGAAAUUUUGAUGGCUUGGAUGAGAUUCAUCACAAUCAUUUGGUCUCCUGCAUAAAGAAGAUCUUCAGUUCCAGAUUGUGUCCUAGAAAUAUUAUCCCAACCCUCCGCAAUAUGUGGUCAAAUGGCUACCAAGUGAUUGUGUCUUAUGACGAAAUAAUGCAAGUGGUGCAUCAUAGUGAAUUGUGGCCUGCAAUUCCGUACUGGUGGGGAAAUAAGGAUACAGCACGAAAGCUUAUUGAGGUUUUGGAAAAAAAGAAGCAAAGUGGUCGCCCAGAUGGAUUAUUUGUCGCAGGAAUCAAUCUUACUGCAGAUUUAGGAUAUAUUUUGGCAAAUAUAAACAGCUCUGUUAAAAAAAUGACUCUGAAGGCUCUUCCAUUACUAAAUAUGUGGGUAAAGAAACAGCAUCCUGGAUCAAAAAAGGACUGCAUUAACAUCGUUGCUGGAGACUUUAUAGAAAAGAAUAAUUUUGUGGAGAAUGUGAUAAACCUUAAUACCAAACUGAUUUUACAAUAACUCCAUUUAGAUCAUGUUUUGAAAGGAGAUGAUGGGACUAACUGCAAGGAUAAAGUAAGAUGUAAUACAACAAAUAAUUCACCUUCAUAUUUUUAACCUGCAGUUAAGUACUUAUUUAAAAACUGUAUUUAUGCAUCACUGUAGAAAAUGUCAUGUUUUUUUAAAAAAGAUCUUUCAUGGAAUAAUUGGUUCUCCUGCAAAAUGUGCAGCAUCUACAGAAUUUUGAAACAUGGAGAACUUUGAUCAUCUAAUUAGUUCUGUAUGUUUGACUACCUCUGAGCUGUCGCGCUCACUUGCAUGCACAUGUGACGGUGCUUUAGUAGGUUUAUUGAUGCUCCUGGCAAUUCCCUUCACCAAAACUUCAGAACUGUUCCAAUUAAAUCCAGCCAAAAGAAGACCUAUUUUAGUCCACAGAGCAAUAACCAAUGAGUCCACAAGGUACUUGAAAGUUUCCCAGGCAAGACAAAUCCAC